AUAUUUUGCUCAGACUGGCCACAUUGCCACGUUUGGCUGCAUCAAAAAAUUGAAAGCUGUUUGUGAAAUGGCGGAGGAAGCUGGUUGCAAGAAAAUAGUGAUUACUGUUAAAACCCCCAAAGAUAAAAAAUUGAUAGAGAUAGGAGAAGAUGUAGAAAUAAAAGAGCUUCGUGCAAUUGUUGCACAGAAGUUCGAGGCCGAUCCUGAUUUAGUGUGCUUAAUUUUUGCCGGAAAAAUUAUGAAGGACACGGAUACCAUAAAGACGCAUAACAUUAAAGAUGGUCUGACAGUGCAUUUGGUUAUCAAAGUAGCUCCUAGAAGUGAACCAGAAGGACCUAGACGACCGCCAGCUGAUGUUAGUCAAACUCCCUUCGAGUUAAAUCAAUUAGGGGGGCUCAGUGCUCUUGGAACACUAGGGGGCAACCAAACUAAUUUCAUGGAUUUACAAUCUAGAAUGCAACACGAAUUACUAGGAAAUCCAGAGUUAAUGCGAACAGUUCUAAACAAUCCAUUAGUUCAACAAAUGAUGAAUAAUCCUGACACAAUGCGCCAAAUAAUCACAUCUAACCCUCAAAUGCAGGACUUGAUGCAACGUAACCCAGAGAUUUCACACAUGCUGAGUAACCCAGAACUGCUGCGUCAAACUAUGGAACUGGCCCGCAAUCCCUCAAUGCUACAAGAACUAAUGAGAUCUCAUGAUCGAGCGAUGUCCAAUUUGGAAAGUGUUCCUGGAGGAUAUAGUGCAUUGCAGCGAAUUUAUCGUGAUAUUCAGGAGCCUAUGCUUAAUGCAACAUCAAGAAAUCUAUUCCAUGGCUCUGCGGAAUCUAGCAGUGCCGCAAAUCCUCAACAAGGCACAGAAAAUCGUACACCGCUUCCAAAUCCUUGGGGAGGUGGUUCUAAUAACUCCUCAGAGAAUCCUCCACCAAAUUUAUUGAAUACGGCCAAUAUGCAGAGUUUAUUACAACAAAUCGCUGACAAUCCAACAUUGAUGUCCAACAUGAUGAGAGCACCAUACACACGUAGCAUGUUGGAAGCACUCACGGCUGAUCCAAGUCUGGCAUCAAACAUAAUGAAUCAAAAUCCGCUACUCGCUAACAAUCCUAUACUUCAAGAUCAAAUGCGCAGUAUGAUGCCACAAUUUCUGCAACAACUGCAGAAUCCGGACGUACAGCAAAUGAUGUCCAACCCUCAAGCAAUUGAGGCAAUAUUGCAAAUUCAACAAGGUAUGGAACAGUUGCGAUCAGUAGCUCCCGGACUUGUGAAUACGAUGGGAAUUCCCCCAUCGCCACCGACAACCACGGAUACUGCUACGAAUUCUGUAUCCACUCCUGGUCAAUCAAAUCAAACACUUUUCUCCGAUUUUAUGUCACGUAUGAUUAAUGGCAUGAGCUCUGGUGUUGAUACGAGUGUCCCUCCAGAACAACGUUACCAUUCCCAACUAGAGCAACUUGCUUCGAUGGGGUUCGUCAAUCGCGACGCAAAUCUUCAAGCCCUCAUUGCAUCAUUUGGUGAUAUAAACGGAGCAGUAGAAAGGCUUUUAGCUUUGGGGCAACUAUCUCUGAGUUAACGUGCGCAUUCUGAAGGUGACAAAUAUUCAUAUAAUACAUUGAAAAUAAACAAAUAGCAAUAUUCAAUAUUA